CCGAGCGCCGCCGCCGUGUUAGAGCCGCGAGUGCGGGGUGAUUGGGGUGGCAGCUGCUGCUCGGAGGAACAAACCACCAGCAACAGGCAUAGAAAUGGUCCUGUGAAGUCUUCCAGGCUAACAAGGAAAGAGGAGAGGAUGUCAGGGGAGCUGCCCUUGCACAUCAACAUCAAGGAACCGCGAUGGGACCAGAGCACCUUCACGGGGAGAGCCAAGCACUUCUUCAUGGUGACGGAUCCCCGCAACCUUCUGCUCUCGGGCACGACCCUGGAAGAGGCCCGGAGGGUGAUUGAGGAUUACAGGUUGGGAAAGGCAUCACCAGGGUUGACUGAGGACCAGCUAUGGCGGGCCAAGUACAUCUACGACUCGGCCUUCCAUCCGGACACUGGCGAGAAGAUGAUCCUGAUUGGGCGAAUGUCUGCCCAGGUGCCCAUGAACAUGACCAUCACCGGAUGCAUGCUCACCUUCUACAGGACAACCCCUGCUGUGUUAUUCUGGCAAUGGGUGAACCAGUCAUUCAACGCCAUCGUCAACUACACUAACCGAAGUGGGGACGCUCCCAUCACUGUCAACCAGCUGGGCACGGCCUACGUCAGUGCUACCACUGGAGCUGUGGUAACGGCACUGGGACUCAAGUCCCUCACCAAGCGUUUGCCACCUCUCAUUGGACGCUACGUGCCUUUUGCAGCUGUGGCGGCUGCUAACUGCAUCAACAUCCCAUUGAUGAGGCAGAGGGAAUUAAAGCUCGGCAUCCCCAUUACAGAUGAGCAUGGAAAUCGGCUGGGUGAAUCGAAGAAGGCAGCGCAGCAAGCGAUCGUGCAGGUGGUGGUCUCUCGCAUUGGCAUGGCUGCACCAGCUAUGGCUAUCCCUCCUGUGAUCAUGAAUGCACUUGAGAAGAGAGCGUUUUUGAAGCGGUAUCCUUGGCUGAAUGCUCCUCUACAGGUUGGACUGGUGGGUCUGUGUUUGGUGUUUGCUACGCCCCUUUGCUGUGCACUCUUCCCACAGAAAAGCUCGAUGCGGGUGAGUCGCCUGGAGCCUGAAGUCCAAGCUCUGAUCAGGGAGAAGAACUCUGGUGUUGAGGUUGUCUAUUUUAAUAAGGGCCUUUGAGAGACGCUUCCUUGUGCUUCCCUGGUACGCAGCAGAAAGUCGGGAGGAAAAGGAACCAGGGAUCCGGUGCUCCUCAGGAGGAAGUUACACUUUAUAACAGUAUAAUCCUUUUUUAAAUGCUGCUGUCUUAUUGGCUGUCAAGUCUUGGCAGGCCUUAUAUGUAUGAUAUAACCUUCCUGGAUUCAGGUGAACCCUAGGGGUAGAUUGUAAUGUGGUGGUGUGGUUGUCGCUGUGAACAAAGCAGACACAUUCCAGCCCUGGUGCAGUUAGGCAUCAGGAUCAGUGGAGUCAGAGUCAAUCAGCCAACCCAAAUCCCUAUAUUAUGCAUAAUUCCACAGUGGAGCGUGAAGUUGUGUAUGUGGGUAUAUGUGUACAAUCCCUGUGAAAUAAUGUUUUUAAGAAUGAUGAUCUUGAGAUCAUUUUUGGGAGAGGAGAACCGUACAACAGCUUGAAUCCCUCAAGAAUUGGUUCCAUUGGGGAAGGCAACUUGUUCACCAUUCCACUUUUAAGUUUAUGAAUUCCAUGCUGAAGAAAAGCAUUGUGCUUCCAUGAAUGAACUACAUGUGCUUUUGUUAUACCUACAUCAUCGAGACAGUAACGUGUUUGCUCCAAACCAUCUUUAUUUUUUUACAAAGCAAAACGUGUUUGCAUAAGAAUCUCUGCAUUCUUUUUGCUACUUCAGUACUUUUGCAUCAAGGAAAACAUAUAGGUUCAAGAAUGACCAUGCACGCAGCUUUAAAGCUACAAAAAUCAGGAUCCAGUCUGACCAUUAAGUCAAAGAGGCAUGUGAGAAAAUAUCCAGAGCCUUUAAUGGAAGCAAGCAGUUGACUAUAUUGAGAGAAUGUCUGUGCAAAUAGAACCAGCUAAAAUUCAAAUAGGUGGGUGGUUAUUUUUCAGAAAUGUACUGUUCAGGGCCGGGCACAUGUGCAGACGUUAAAGCAAAGAUCUGAUGUUUGCGUAAUGAUAUCAUGUGGGUAUUACAAAGGCACAUGGAAAUCAGUGGGUGUAAACACAUCUUUUAUCUGCUCCUUGGGAACCAUGAAAUUCCAAGCUGCAAAGCAGGAAGUGAUCAGUCCACCUUUGCAGAGGCCUCAUCCGCUUAUGUUCUGUUUACCUAUUUUGCAUAUAACCAUAGCAUCAUUUCAUAAUUCACUUGUUUACUAGGAUAGCAAUGCGUUGUUCAAAAAUAAGGUCAAAGGGCAGUUGACAGAGAUGGCGUUCAGACAGAGGAUCAAUUCUGCCAGUUCACUAUGUUGCCCUUGUCUUCUGUUUCACUUGUUAAGGCCAGUGUUGCAGCAACAGCAUCUUCGGAUGCAGGGUGAAUGGUGGUGUCCUCUCCCAAAAUGACCAACGAAAUCUCUUUUACUUCCCUUUCCUUCUCCCACCCAGCUUCACUAACACCCAUGUUUCUGAGCACAGAUCUUCUUGUUGCACGAAAUGAAUAUUAGCUUGGGCUAAUGUGUCUCAUGUGUCAUGUGGGAAAUAGAUUGCAUCUACUUUAGAGCACCAAUGACCAUCUGUGGUGCACAUGGCUGUGGCUGAAUAACCGCUCAUGGAAGUAUUGUUCCAUGAGAUGUAGUCAUACCUGUGUUUUACUGGAAGGACUGAGACAGCUCUGUGGCUCUUACACAGGGAGAGGCCUGCCUGCACAGGAGCGCCUGCAUUCCUGGGCUGACGCUUUACCACUAAACCAAGAAUCAUUAUCCAAUAAAAGAGGUAACAUGUAGGCAGGUGUUUCCCCCCUACAAAGUUUCUCUGUGUUGAUUAUGGCACCUUCAUUGUAAUCCUACAGUUCUUUCUGUCUGCCGUGUAGACUUAAAAUUGUAAGGAUGAGCAGAUUUGCAUGCACUGAAUCAGCACAUCUGCACCCUACAGAAUUUUUGGGUGGGUAUGCCCACUGAAGUGCAUUGAAAAAUCAAAUCCCUUUGCUGAUGGCUUGGAGGGAUCUUACUCGCUGCCACUGUAGCAGUGCACUUUCCUGUAAUCCACAGUGUUCUGUAUUGUGCACAAUCUGGCAUCAGUUCUCAUUUGCUAAAAUGCAGAACCUUUAGUUGAAGGUCAUUUUUGCCAUUGACUUCAUCAUCAGGAGAGUCCAAAGGAAUUCUUUAACUUGAGCACUACAUGCACACACACACACAUAGCUAAAUUGGAACGGAUGUGUAUGAUGACACUUCUGUUUGCUUGCAAAGGGAGAUCAAGAGCAUAACUGGCCAGUACUGCCUUCCCCAAAGGUGGCUGAAGGUCAGUGGCUUAAUCCAGUUUUCUGUUCUUUUCAUCUCUGGAGCAAAUCACUUAUUUUAAUCUGAGCAAAGCAGCCUGGGUAUGUUUGUUCCUUAUAAAUGUCAUCGUUGCUGGGGGCUCAGAGUUCCAUCAGAGAUUGCUUCGCGCUCUAUUAUGUUUAUUCUUCACGAGACCUCAUCCAGCACUUAUAAGCCUACAAUGGAUUGCUUGAUUGCUUUUUCUUUUAUUAUAUUAUGUUGGAUCAUGUUUGAGGCUUAUUUUACCAAACGCAAAACAAUGUUUCUGUGCAGGAAUCCAUGCUGAUUCCAUGUCAUACCUCCUGUAUAGCUUUAAGUAAGGCAACUGUUUCCAAAUAAAGUAUAAUUUCUGUCUCUUG